AUGCACUCGUAUUUGCGCAAGUAUUUGAGCAUGCAUUUCAUUGUGUGCGCACGGACCAUUUAAGCCUUGCGUCACAGUUCAAAUGACUCGUAAACAAAUGAUAAACGUCAAAAUUUUUAUGGAACAAAAUAUAAUCUCUGCAAUGUGAAGUGAUUUGUUUACAGUGUCGCGUAGAUUUAUAAACACAAUUCGAUCAUGAAAACCAGUGAUUUGUGUUUGGAAAAGGACAUUAAAUGUGCCGAAGUGAAUCGAAAUGCCAUAAUUUUCGAAAACAGUAAGCUAACCUAUGUGGGUCAAGACUGCUCGCGUAUUCCAUCUCCAUUGAUACAACUGUAUGCACCAAGUGUGCAGUAUAUGGACCUUAGCUUCAACCAACUCUCAACUCUUCAGGGCCUUGAACAAUUCACCUUGUUGAAAGAACUGGUGUUGGACAACAACAAUUUAACAGAUACGUUGUGCCUGCCACGUUUGCAGCAUUUGCAUACACUUUCCCUCAAUAAGAAUAAUAUUGUCAACUUAGAGCUCCUGUUGAACAAAAUAUCAAAUAAUUUGCCAGCGUUACGGUACCUGAGCCUUUUGGGGAAUGUAGCAUGUCCAAAUCAGCUGUCAGACAUGGAAAAAGAUGAAGAGGACUACCAAAGAUACAGGUACUAUGUACUAUAUAGACUACCUAAUCUUCAAUUUCUUGAUUCAACGAAGGUAACAACUGAAGAGCGUUUGGAAGCUAGUCGCAGAGGUCAGUUGAUGAAGGUGGUCUGCCCAACAAAUGUGGAAGGUAGAGAUGACUCGCCUGCAACCUUCAAUUCCAAGUACACACCACUACCAGGUUCUAAGCGAAGUAUUGGAGAUCAUCAAGGUGCAUAUGGUAAAUGUCGGUACCGCUACUCUGGGAAACACUCUGAAGGGAAUCGUUUCAUUAAGAAUAAUGACCUUUAGGAAAUAGAAGCAAGACAUGCAGCUGAUGUCACUGUAAAUUUAAUGUGGUAUUGUCAUUAUCUUGUUUUCUCUCCUUGCACUUCUCUCAUAAUCAUUAAGUUACUUUCCCAUAGCAUAAUCAAACAGUGGAAACUCCAGGCUGGAAUAUUAACAAUAUUAGGAAAAGGAUAGAUUGCUACCCACUGUAAAAAUGGCCCAUUGAGUUGUAGUCAGGCAGAACAAAAAGAUUUUUCCAGCAAAGAAAACAUGGACUUGCUUGUGUAAAUGUGUAUGUGUGUUUUCUUUGCUGAAGGGCUUUGCCCAAAAGCAAUGAUGUGUAACCAUUAUUUUGUUGUGCCUUUCCCUUUUUUUUUUUUUUUUUUUUUUAUAGACAGCAUAGUGGUCAUAAGUAUUUCAUGUUUUACAGAACUUAUUUUAAUUGUAAAUGAGAGCUUAUGUUCAAUGUAUCAAAAAGAAAAUCCACUUACUAGCUUACAUUCUGUGGCGUACAUGUGUGAAGUACAUUUCUUGUAUAUUGGCACACUAUGAGAGUACACUUUUAUGUUGCACACAUUGCUCAAACUAACCAUGACAUGAUUUGGUAUGUCAUUUUAUAUAUAUUUUUUCAGCUACCUCAUAUUUACCAACCUAGUAUGAAAUAUUUACUGCUUCAGAUAGCCAAAAAGAAAGGAAUUUCCAGAGUAGGAAAUGAAACCACCUGGAUACAUUGAGAAAAGUAGUCACUGCUGAUUGUGGCAAGCAGAGUUCUGUUGUAACUGUAAAUGUUUUUUCAACUUCAUCAUAAAAGAAGUGAAAUUUGUCAAUCUUGUUAGUCUGUUAAACACCUCAGUUUGUCAUCCUGUGACAGAAUUGCAUUGAACUAAAAACUCCACAAUAGGAAUUACAUUCCCUUGAUGCCUAGAGCCCUGUAAUCCAGUGUAAUUGAGGUAGGUGCUGGUACAUUACAACAGUAACAAGAACAGGUGUUAGUGAAUAUUUUCUGUUACUCUGACAUGGGGUUACCUCUGCAGGCCUUUCUUAGAUUGGUAUGAAAUUAAUAUCUGUUCAUUAUUAAUGGCAACAGUGUCUGCAUUUAUUAAAAUACUAUGUCCUUCAGACAUGCAUCCAUGUCUGAACAAACAGACACUGUCUUUGAUGAUUUGCAGCUGUGGGAAUUAUGAAAUGGAUUAACAUAUCAUGAAUAUGUAUUAGCAUCAGCAACUUGUAACAAAUGAAAAUUUGUGCUGGAUGGGGACUCUAAUCCAGAUUUCCAACUUGUCAUCAGCAGUUGCCUUAAUCACUUCGGCUGUCAGAGCAUGCCCUCAUUGCCGGUCCAAACCUUGGCUAUCCAAGGUUCAGAUUGGUACGGGGGGGCAUGCUUAAAUAGCUGAAUCUAAUGUUUGGAGCACCACUGAGGGCAUGUUCAGAUAACCUGAGUGGUUAAGGCAGUUGCUAGUGUCAAGUGGAAAAUCCAGGUUCGAGUCCCAGUCCAGCACAAACUUUUAUUUUUGCCACAAGUAGCUGAUGCUAAUUCACAAUAUGUGAAUCCAUUACAUGUUCAUUACUUCCACUACACGCCAUAGGACUGUAGAUGUAUAUGUCAGAUCUAGUUAACAGAUAUGAUUGAAUUUACAUUAUUUGGGUGCUUUGGAACUAUUGUUUCUAUAUCAAGUGGAAAACCUAAUCUAGCAGCAGCAGCACAGAAAAUAAGUUUUGUGAUAUAGUUAGAAUUGACAUUAACAUGAAAUGUAGCCAUUGUCAUUUUAUAAUUGACAAGUUAUAAACUUCUACCUGUAAAUUGGGUUCUGAUGCCUAUGGCCAUUUUAAGUAGUGCAAUUGUUAACUGAUCUUUUAUUUGAAUGGAGAGAACUACUGAAUCAAAUACAAAUUUAAUACCACAUUUUUUUUCACUAAAAUAUACAGUGUGUUUUGCGUCAUUAGAUCUGUUUCCAAAACGAAUUGUGCAACAAUUGACCAAGGAGAUUGAGUACAUGUUAGAAAUGUGUCAAAGAAAAGUGAAAGCUAAUGAUGAUAAAGUUAGUCAUCCUAAUUUUUGAGACUACUGUAUUGGCAGGUCAUAAAAAGAAGAAAAAUUGAUGAAAACUGUGGUCAUUCAUAACACAAUAAAAUUGUGUAGGAGUUGUUAAUUUCAUAACUGUCAGUUCAAGUCUCAUCUUAGAGAUAAACUGGACAAAAGCUACAGAAGAAACAUAUUCUUAAUAAACUUUGCCAUUGUUAUUAUUUACUACAAUUGCUACUACCAUUAUAAGUUGAUCUUAAAAAUUGCGAAAGUGGAAUAGUCAUGUGCAAAAAUAAAAGUUGUGCCUUAACAUUGUACCACUGUUUCAUGGCAGAAAUAAAUUUGACCAAGAUAGACUAAUCCUGUAUGAGCUUUACUGCAAUAUUAAGAAUCUCAUGUGAGAAAUGAUACUCUUUAAUAACAUGACGGUAAGAAGGUAUUGAUGUUUGUUUUCAGCGGUUGAUAUUGUGAAAUAUCUCUUGAUACUUUUGUAGAAAAAUAUUUUAUUAUCUUAAUAAACUGAGUGGUAUAUCUAACAACUGUGAUGUCACCAACAAAGAUCUGAAACAUGUACAAAUACUUCUCUCAUAUGAAUCAUGUUAUUCUAUUAAGGCCUUUGUGUGUAUAACUCUUUGAUACGUAACAGAUUUUGUAUUGUAUGCGAGAUUUUGUAAAUAAAUAUAGUUAACAGUU